GCUAAAACCCUCUAGUCGUAAUUUUUAAAUUUUACAAACAAAUGUGAAACGUCAGACAAACUCAUUGAUGGUGUAAUCAAGUUUUGACUUAAUGUUUGUGAAAGAGAAGUGACAUGCUAAAAGAAAUAACCUUAACUGACCCUCAGAACAUUGACGCCGGAGAUAGUUGUUGUCGUCGUCAAGAGACUUGGUGCAGAUACUUUUGAGAAUGUUAUUGACCAGCUGAAAGCCAAUGUGGAAUGCUUCCUCUUGACUAAAUUGUGUAUUUGCACGUAACACAUGCAGAUCGGUUGCCCAAUGAAAGUCUUAUUUCAUUCAACGCCACAUUGGGCAACUUGCCCAUGAAUGAUGAGGAUGAAAUGAUGAGAACAACACAACACCCAGUCCAUGAGCGGAGAAAAUCUCCAACCCUGCUGGGAAUGUGAAUCCGGGCCAACUUGCAUGGGAGAAGAUGGCAUCAGGGAAAUGCAGAAGUUCUGUUUGUGGUGCAACUCUCAUCAAACAAGAGCCAGUUGAGGCUGACCCACGUGCAUCCCCAGAGCAAGAGAUCGAGCACAUAUCUGUUAAGCAAGAAACUCCUGUUGAUGCCAAACCACUUGCAUCCUCCAAGCAAGAGAUGGAGUAUGUAUCUGCUGAGGAAGAAACUCCAGAGUGGGAUGUGCCUGAUGACCACAAUAGUACACAUGAUCCAAAAAGCAUCAUCAAAGAGGAGAGUUCAUCUUCGGAAGACUUUCUCAGCCCUAGCGCUCCCAGUAUUGAGGAUGACGACGAGGAAGAUGAGGAUGCAGUGAGUGAGGACGACUUUCAGGAGCUCAAGCAUGAAGUGGAGUCAAGAAGUAGUGGCAGUGAACCAGAAAGUUCCAUUGGUGUUGGUGUGGACAACGACAAUGACACUAACGGAGACAACAGCGGUUUGAUUACCAGCAUUCCACUGCAUUCGUGCAGUGUGUGUCAGAAAAUGUUCAGAAGAAGUACCUAUUUGAAGAAACACUUCAGAGUUCACAGUGGUGAACGCCCAUACAGCUGUGGCGUAUGCAACAAGACUUUUGCGCAAAGUUGGGCACUGAAACAGCAUUCGCGGUGGCACACAGGCGAGCACCCAUACGACUGUAGCGUUUGCAGCAAGGCAUUCAUGCAUAAAUCUGAUCUGAAGAAGCACUUCCGGGUGCACACUGGUGAACGUCCGUACACCUGUGACGUUUGCAACAAGACUUUUGUACAAAAUAGUGCGUUGAAGCAACAUUCACGAUUGCACACUGGCGAGCGUCCGCACGUCUGUGGUAUGUGCAACAAGACAUUCGCUGUAAGUUCUUCACUGAAGCGGCAUUCACAAGUGCACACUAGUGAACGCUCGCAUAGCUGUAGUGUUUGCAACAAGACAUUCAGACACAGUAGUAGCCUGAAGGACCAUUUGCGAAUCCACAGCGAUGAGCGCCCCUACGUAUGUGGCAUUUGCAACAAGACAUUCGCUCAAAGUUGGGCACUGAGGCACCAUUCACGACUGCACAGUGGUGAUCGCCCAUACAGCUGUUGCAUUUGCAGAAAGACAUUCAGAGACAGAGAAGAAGUGAAGAAGCAUACACGAUUCCACACUGGCGACCGCCCAUACAUCUGUGGUGUUUGCAACAAGACUUUCGCUCUAAGUUCUUCGCUGAAGCGGCAUUCUCGAGUGCACACUGGUGAACGCCCACACAGCUGUGAUAUUUGCAACAAGGCAUUCAGAUGCAGUAAUAGCCUGAAGAAGCAUAUGCGCAUGCACACUGGCGAGCGCCCGUACGUAUGUGGCAUUUGUAACAAGACAUUCGCGCAAAGCUGGGCGCUGAAGCAACAUUCACGAUUGCACACCGGUGAACGCGUGCACAGCUGUGGCAUUUGCAACAAGACAUUCACUCGAAGUUCUGCACUGAAGAAGCAUUCACAGCUGCACACCAACGAAUGCCUAUAAAGCUGUCAAGUGUGUCAUAUCCCUUUACACCCCGAAAUAUUUUACAUUGUGCAAGAACUGCAAGUAGCAUUAUUAUAGUGUCCUGAUGUCAUUGAUUGCAGAAAAAAAUACUGC